CCCGGCGCACCCCAGCCCUGCCGAGCGUCUAGGGCCAGGGCCGCGGCCGCGUUUCGCUGCAGCCGCAGGCCGCAAGGGGCGGGCCGGGGCCAGGCGCGGGGGCCGCCGGGAGGCCGAGGGUGCCCGCCUGGGGACGGCGGCUCCAUGAGCUGCCAGGUCACGGUGCUGUACUUUGCCAGGAGCGCGGAGCUGGUGGGGCUGCGCUCCGAGAGCGUCUCUGUGCCGCAGCGGAUCACCUCCCUGCAGCUCUGGGAAGAGAUUGUUAAGAUUCAUCCCAGGCUUGCUGUCAUCCGGGAUCAAGUGGUUUUUGCUGUUCGGCAGGAGUACGUGCUUCUUGGAGAUCAGCUUCUGGUCCUGGAGACAGGAGACGAAGUUGCCAUCAUCCCACCAAUUAGUGGAGGCUGAAUCUGUGGAAGUUCUGUAAGUCCUUCUAGUGAGCCAUGGAUGAAAGAGAAGAUGUGC